AUGAGAGAAAAUUCCAAGGUAACGAGAGAUACAUCAGUUCAUACUUCCGAAUACCCGUGUCCACGUCGCGCAUGUGGGCUCAGCGGGGGGCACACACCUGACGCAAAAGGGACCUUUUGCACAGAGCGUGCAGUGCGGUACCUCGUGGGCCCGGUACUGUCGUACCAAGUUGGAGGCUGUCCUGCGUCUCGCACCGCUUCUCUUUUUCGAUUUGGGGCUGGAGGUCCGUCUGGAUCUGUUCAUGGCGACUCCGGCAGCGACGGCACCGGCGUUGGCCUCUGGAUCGAUGGGGCGGCAAGCGAUUCCGUGGUGCGCGGCGUGCCGUUCGUUUCCGGCACCGCCGGUCCCGCCGUGGCCGACUCUGCCGUAGGCGUAAAGUCGCCGGAGACACCAGCGGUGGAUCAGGUCCCGCCGGCUCGCGGCCUGGUUGGCGACCUGUCUGAUGUCGACCUGUCCGGCGAGUCCUGCACGACGUUGCGUCGGCUGGCGGAGGUGUGGCGUCGGCAGGCGCCGGUGACGGGGCGCGCACCGUCGACUCCUGCAGCGCAGUUCAGUCCUUCAGCCCCAGUGCUCCGGCGGCGGCGAGCACCACUAUCCACGUUGGCUGGAAGCGCAGGAGAAGGAUUCUCCGGACGAUUUUUGGUACAUGAUGAUUGUUGGGGCCAAGGGUACCCCGCGGACCAGAUGAGAGGGCGGCUGUAGUUCGUGUGCCGGCGCUUGAAGCUGCGAUCCGAGGAUUCGCCAAUAGAGGGACUGAUGUGGUUGUCAACCCGUCGAUGGGCACAGUAUUUGACUCGCUGACAGAGGCCUAUGAAUUCUACAAUUUGUAUUCAUGGGAGGUGAGCCGGCAGAAUGUCAACGGGACCAAAUGCAUGUAGGAGAUCGUGUGCGGCUGCGCCGGUAAACCAAAGAGGGAGAACAGUUCAUCGUUGAGAAGCAAUUGUGCCGCCAUGAUUCGUCUACACCCGACAGAUGAUGGGGGGUGGUAUAUAUGCCUCGGAAAAUCGUGCUUCUCACAACCAUAAACUGCUUAGGACUUGUGCUGAGAAGCUGCACUGGCCAACCAAUGCUUGUGCGUGUUUGAAAAAGCUUGUGCGUGUUUGAAUGAGAACGUGCAAACGAUCAGUACUGUCCGGCCGUGUGAAUACAUCCAGGGCGAUAAGUUUUUACUUUA